AUGGGGGGCAAGUCCACUCUGCUACGCGCUACCUGUGUCGCUGUCAUCAUGGCUCAGAUGGGAUGCUAUGCGCCCUGCUCCUCCCUCGUUCUCUCCCCUGCUGACGUCAUCUUCACAAGACUCGGGGCAUCUGAUCGAAUCAUCUCUGGGGAGAGCACGUUCAUGGUGGAGUGCAGGGAGGCAGCAGCAGUGCUGCGCUGCGCCACAAGGGACUCCCUGGUCAUUCUGGACGAGCUGGGCAGGGGCACGUCCACAUUCGAUGGAUACGCCAUCGCGAACGCGGUAUUGAACUACCUUACCUCGCGCCUUGACUGCCGGCUCCUAUUCGCCACGCACUACCAUCCCCUCACCUCCGAGUUUGCGGGCCAUCCGCAAAUCGCGCUGCGACACAUGGCAUGCCAAGUGCAGGCUCGCAAGGGCGGCGACGGAGAAGAGGACGAGGAGCUUGUCUUUUUGUACAAGUUGCAAUCCGGUGCCUGUCCGAAGAGCUAUGGAUUGAAAGUGGCGUCUAUGGCUGGAAUUCCGUCUCGUGUGGUGGCGAAUGCGGCUCGAGCAGCUUCGGCCCUUGAGCAUGAGCUGAGCGAUAAGUUUGACAAUCCUGAGCCGCUUGCAGCAAGCACAUUGCUUGAUCUGGAGCGGUCAUGGGUGCAAACGUUGCAAGGGGUUGCGCCAUUUGGUGCUUCUGGUGGCAAAGUGCCUGAUGAGGAUGUAGAGGAUAUGUUUGAGACCCUGUAUUGUAUCUGGCACGAGUGCGCAUCGCUUGCUAAUUCAGCUGGCGUGGGUGGAGGACCUUUCUACAUGCCGCUGUUUCACUCGGUUCUCAAAUUCAAUCUUGUCAAGUCCACUGCUCUUUCGCAUACCGUCGUGACAUCGAGUGCAAUUGCUAGUACUCUCUAUGGACUAUGGGAGUCAAGUCCUGAAGUUCCGUCCAUGCCACUGGUUGACUUGAGACUUGCACUGGCAUUGCUCCCGUCUCUCCUUUUUGGAGUUGGGAUUGGAGUUCUAAUCAGCCCAACUCUUCCUCACUGGAUUCAGCUACUCGGGUUACUGAUUUUGCUUAUUUUCGUUGUACAUAAGACGUAUGAACGCGCACGAAGGUCAUGGAAGAAAGAGUCAGAAAGAAGGAGGGUUGCUUAUACUGCUGCUGCCGAGGGACUCCUGCCUGUCUCAUUCGUCAACCCAGACGAAUCGGGCCAGCAGCAAGUUACGUUUGACGUUCCCGAAACAUGUGAGGGAGCGGAUUUCCUGUCAGUGGCUGAAUGUGAGAUUUCGCGUUUCUUCAACCGCCACUGGAAGUGGAUGCAGCAUUAUUUGAAUGAUUCAGGAAAUCAGCUUCUCUCGCACAUCCACCAGGUGGCAAUGCCAUUUCUUUACACCCUCGUUCUUUGGACUCUUUUCAUGGCUCUUCAGUGGGGUCUUAGUCAAGCUAGCCGCUGUUCCUCGUCCUUCUUCCAGCUGUGGGGGUUGCAGCUGUUUGUCUGCAUUGCUGCUGCAGUUAGCACCGUUCAAGGACAGCUGCUCAUGUAUCCUACCACCUGCAGGUCUACAUCUCUGAGCCCGAAUCUUGUUCGGCUUUUCUCAUCGAACUCCCGGAUUUCCCGCUUUUUGAAGAUUUCAGUGAUCAUGGCAUGUGCUGGAGCUAUGGCUGGGAUGGUGGGCAUUGGAGGAGCACUUAUCUUUAACCCAUAUCUCCUUAGUCUCGGCCUUCACCCGCAGAUCUUGGCCUCGACAAGUGUUUUCAUGAUCCUUUUCAGCAGCAGUGCUAUCAGCAUCUCGCUUUUCUUCCAUGGUUUUCUGGACACUAGUUAUGCAGCUGUGUUUGCUCCAGUGGCAUUCCUUGCAUCUCUGGUUGGAGUCUUCAUUGUCGGGAAAAUUGUGAGAAACACAGGUCGUUCAUCGAUCAUCAUCUUCAUUUUGGCCGUCUUGAUUGCACUGGGGGGGGUUUUGCGCUCCUGGGGCAAGUGGGUCUGCGAGAUCCGCGAGCCGCGCACGCGCGCGCGCGUGUGGCUGGGAUCGUACAGCACCGCGGAGGAGGCCGCGCGCGUCUACGACACCGCCGCGCUCAUGCUGCACGGCGCGCGCGGCGCGGAGCGCCGGCUGAACUUUCCCGAGGCUCUUCAAGCGGACGGGGGAAUCCGCCCCGUUAUAGUGUCGCGCACUAUAGCGGAAGGCCUGCUCCGCGUCGUCAAUGCUCUGACUCUUUCGCAGCAGUCACCACAGUCGGCAUCUAAACAAGAAGAUUCGACCAAUCCAUCUUGUACUAGUGAUAUGAUGGUCGAUGCCUCUACCGCUGCUGGGGGGACCAGUGCCAGCCGCUCUACCGGUGCUACCGCAUCUGUCCCCGCGGUUCACGCUAGCCCCACAUUUACCGGCGAGUGGGUGCGGCUCGAGGUUACCGGCUCCAACGUCGUCUUCUCCGAUUGCGCGCACCCCGAGAUCACCACCGCCGCGAUUCCCGCCGCCAGUCGCGGCGGCGUCUUUCCAGACGCGUCGUCUGUCAAAUCCCCGACGGCGAACGGCCAGAUUUCGCCGAAACGCGUUUUCGCGGCUCCGAAUGCCACCGCCGCCGUCGAUCCAAGCGCCGCUGCUGGCGCGCCCGGCGUUGGGUCAGCAGCCGCGUCGCGAGUUGCCUCCGAGAUGGAUUUCGUCAGCAGCCGCGUCGCCGCGCCUGCAGGUUCCUUCUCCGCCGCCCUCUCGCUCUUCUCCGACGCGCCUUCCACCUUUUCCGCCGGUCCUCCCAUUAUCGUGCCCUCCCGCCGUUCCUCCGCCUUAUCUCUCCCCGGAAGCCCUAUGAGCGGAAUGGGGUACAGCCCCGCGCGCGUCCGCUCCCCCGCCCGCUCGCCGCUGCACUCCCCGCAGUUCCCCGGCCCGUCGUUUGGCGGCUCCCGCGCCUUCCCCGCAACCACCGCCCCUUCCUCCCCGCGUGCGAUUAGCGCCUCAGCUUUUUCCGUCAUGUCCGCGUUCGCGGCUUCUGCCGCUCCCGCCGCUUACGGCGGCGGGGCGGAUCUCUCGCGCGCGCUGCUCGCGCACCCCACCUUCGCGCACCUCUGCGCGCCUUCCGCACAGCCCACUGAGACCCUCGCUGGUGAUCAUAUCCCAGUUUCCACUGCAGAUCAGAUGGCCACUGCUAAUCCCGCCAUAGACUUUCCUCCCCUUACUACCGCAGCUGCUCCCAACUCUGCUCCACCCGCUGCUACUCUUGCUGCUCCCCCCAGUGCUCCCAGCAGCAGUUGUGCAGUUCAAAAUCCAGACAGCAAUUUCACAAGCUACACCUCUUUCGCUCCGUUUCUCACUGAUCUGGGACAGGAGGACAACGAUAUUGUUAACAGCAGAUCUAGUAACGCGGAUAGCAGCAGCAUGGACACGUCAUCCCCUACUGCUAAAGCGGGGCCCUUACCCUUACAGCAGCCCCCAAGCGUCUCCCCCCAGGCUCCCCUAAACCUGCCCAGUUUCUCCUCUCAGCCGCUCCUGAACCUGCCCAGCUUUUCCAAGACGGCACCGGACCAAACGGGUUCCUUGCCUCGACUGCCGAGCCUGCCGGGGGAGUUCCCGUCGCUGCCGAGCCUACCGGCAGAGUUCCCAACGAUGCCGAGUUUAGACUGGAACGAGAUUGAAGAGUGCUUGGGAAAUUCAGAAGGAUCAGAGCUCACUACCUGA